AUGCCCUGCGCCCAGCCGCACUCCCUGCCGCAGGACCCGGCCGGCGUGCACCCGCCGCCGAUGCUCCUCUCGGUCACCGCCCAGGGGCCCCCCAAUACCGCCCUCCUCUACCUGUGGCGGUCCACCUCCACGGUCGACGGCCACGCCCGGAUGGAUGCCCCGGUGCCGCUGCUCCGCGCAGCGGAUCUCCGCUACCCGCAGCCCACCAAACCGACCACCUUCCAGCUGGCCAUCGUGCCGCACACCCUGCGCCACGACCAAACCCACCUCGUCUUCUGGGAUGGGCACUGGCUAUACACCGCCACGCUGAAACGCCACGACAACGGCGCCGCGCACCUGUCCAUCCAGCCGAUGGUCCUGCAAAGCCUCUCCCUCCUCACCCACCUGCAGGACGCGCCCCCGACCGCCGUGCACCUCAUCCCGCUGGACGUCGAUGCCGACGGCCGGCCCGAGGUGGCGGUCAUCCGCACGGACACCGGCAGCAUCACCCUCUUCGCCGAGGCCGGCCCGCACAAUGGCUGCGGCGCCGGGGCCCUCGGCACUUGUGUCGAGCCCCGCCCGGACUGGGCCCCAGGCGACUGCGCCCCCUCCGAGCCCUGCACCUGGAAGCCCACCAGCCUGCGGGUCGGUGACCUGGCUGCCUGCACCGACGGUGUGGCCGUGCCCGACGGGCCGCCGUGCGUGCCGUGCGGCUUCGAUCCCCAAGUCGAGUGCACCCCCCCCUGCACCAUCGACAACUGCCGGCACUGCCUGGACGGCCGGUGCCUGGUCUGCGACAAGGACUUCCUCCUGGCGGAGGACGCGCGGUCGUGCGUGCGCGCCUGCCCCGACCCGGACGCCACGGUGGCCGGCGGCCGGUGCCUGCCGCCGGACGCGCCGUUCACCCCGUGGGCCGGGGUGCACGGGCACCCCUCGUGGAAGGACUUCCAGCCGGCCGGCCUCGCGCACGCCCGGCUGGCGCGCGUCACCUACAAGGACCAGGAGAGCCUCUGGCCGGUGGCCAUGGCCACGCCCAGCCUCAUCGGGCACUUCGGCCCGGACACCGACACCCUGGUGGUGGUGCCGGUGGCCGGCACGGCCACCGACGGCCGGCCCACCGACAUCCGCCACAUCAGCAGCCACGCGGCGCAGCAGGACUACCUCCGGCUGGAUGAUGCCGCCAUCCUCGGCGGCGCCCUGGCCCAGGGCCACGACAUGGGCCUUGCCCAGGCGCCGAGCACCGACCCGUCGGACUUCGCCCCGGUGACCAGCCUCCGGCAGCUGCUGCAGCCCAUCUCGCCGGUGCACCUGGCCGGGCUGCAGCGCGACGCCGGGCCCCACCGGCCGGCGCCGCACCCCGACGCGGACGUCGGCGCCGCCACCCAGCUGGGCAUGGUGGCCAGCGCGGCGGUCACCCUGGCGCAGAUCAGCUCCAACCUGGACCGCGUGGCGCCGCACAUGGUCGGCACCAUGGUGGCCCCGGCCGACCUGGGCACCCCCCUGCCGGUGAAGGCCGCCCUCACCAUGACCCUCUAUGCCAAUGACCUCCACAAGAACACGCCCAGGCCCUCAGGCCAGCCGGUGACGAUGCAGGACAUGCCGCUGCCGUACCCGGCCCGGGAGCUGGCCUUCGCCCCGGGCCCGCUCCAUGGCCAGGCCCACACGGAGCUGCACGCCCUCCGGCGGACCACCACCGACGAGCAUCUGCUCAUCCUGCCCCUCCAGCUGGCCGGAUACCAGGGUCUCAGCAGCGAUGUCCACUUCCUCAUGCUGACCCUGCCCAGCGUGACGCCGCGCCUGAGCGCGCCGCGCCGGGCCCACCACCCCGGCGAGACCACGACCCUGGCCCUGCCGGCGGCCACGGCCCUGUACCCGGCGCUGGCCGACACCCCCGGCGACCGGCCGGCCGUCCUCUUCGUCAACACAAGCUGGAAGAAGCCGGAAUUCCUCCUCCUCCAGCCCCCGGGCGAUGAUGUGCCCCUGCACCAGGCCCUCACCUACCGGCAGGGCUACAGCACCGAGCAGAUGGUGGCCCUGGUCCGGGCCGAUGGCCAGCCGGCCGGCAUCGUCAUCCAGCCGUACGACUGCCUGAAGCGCCAGUCAAUCAGGGAUUUCGAAAUCGCCACCGGCAGGAAGACCUUCGUGGCGCCGGCCGGCCUCACGGCCCCGGCCUUCAUGGCGGACAACCACUCCGGCCGCCAGGACUCCGGCUGCCGGCUGACCGUGGUCGAGCACCAGCCCGUCCCGCCGACGGCCGAGGUGGCCGUCAUGGACGCCAACGCCGACGGCCAGGACGACCUGGUCCUGCUGGACCGGGCCACCGGCCGCGUGGUCUUCUACCUGGCCGACGCGCCGGCCGCCAGCCGCUGGGCCGCCCUCCCGCUUGCCUCCUUCCGCCGGGUGGUCGCCCAUGCCGGCAGCCAGACGGCGGCCUCGCCGCCGACCACCGUCCACCUGACCGACUUCAAUAAUGAUGGUCUGCUGGAUGUCGUCCUCAUGGACAGCACCCCGGAGGGGGCCCCCCGGCUGCGGGUGCUGGCCCACCCGGACACCACGGCCCCGCAGUGCCCGGCCGGCGCGACCUUCCGCCCGGCCGACUGGGCGUGCGUCUGCCCGGACCCGGCCAGCCGCUACGACCUGGACGCCGGCCAGUGCGCCUGUGUCCCGCAUGCCGUGGCCACCGGCGUGGAGGGCGCCUGCGCCUGCCCGGCCGGGCUGGUGCUGGUGCCGGACACCGAGUGCGCCUGCCCGGCCGGCUCGCUGCCGGUGUUCGACGAGGCCACCGGCGCCGAGGCCGCCCCGCGCGCCUGCGCCACCUGCCACGCCUCGUGCGCCACGUGCUCCGGCCGGACCCCGGGCACCUGCGGGUCCUGCCCGACCGGGCGGCUGCUGUCCCCCGACGGCGGCGGGGCCACCUGCGUGGAGACCUGCCCGGCCGGCUCGAACCCCACCUCCGACGGCCGGGCCUGUGUGGCCUGCGCGCCCGGCUGCGAUGCUUGCAACACCGACACCGGCAAGUGCACGGCCUGCACGCCGGGGCUCCACCUGCAGGAUGGCCGGUGCCAGGCCUGCCACGAGACGUGCGCCGCCUGCACCGGCCCCGGGCCGGACGCCUGUGUGGCCUGCGCGCCCGGGCGCCUGCGCCACCCGACCACCGACCA